ACAGUGUGGGUCUGUCAGAAGAAAAAAAGCCCAAAGCAAAGGACCAAAGGUCCACCAAAUCCAAUCACAGUCGCACACACUGCGUAGCGUAACUAUCAAGCGAGCCACUGUGAGAGAGAGAGAGAGAGAGAGCGAGCACCGAACGCUUUUCACAGAAAAAAGAAAAGAGGAAAUCAGCAGAAGAGCAAUGGCUGAACCCAAAACCAAAUACGAUCGCCAGCUCAGGAUCUGGGGUGAUCAAGGACAAGCAGCUCUUGAGAAAGCUAGUAUAUGCUUACUCAAUUGUGGUCCUACUGGUUCUGAGACAUUAAAGAAUCUUGUUCUUGGUGGGGUUGGAAGCAUAACUGUAAUUGAUGGUUCCAAGGUUGAACUUGGGGACCUUGGAAAUAAUUUUAUGGUUGAUGAAUCAUGUGUUGGGCAAUCUAAGGCGAAGUGUGUAUGUGCAUUUCUUCAAGAGCUGAAUGAUGCUGUUAAGGCCAAGUUUAUAGAAGAGUAUCCGGUGACGUUAAUUGAGACAAACCCCUCAUUUUUUUCUCAGUUUACCUUGGUAGUUGCCACUCAGCUGAUGGAAGAUUCAAUGGUAAAGCUUGAUAGGAUCUGCAGGGAGGCAAAUGUAAUAUUGAUCUUUGCUCGCUCCUAUGGGCUUACUGGGCUUGUUCGAAUCAGUUUAAAGGAACAUACUGUUGUCGAGUCAAAGCCUGAUCAUUUUCUGGAUGACCUCCGGUUAAAUAACCCAUGGCCCGAGCUUAAGAGUUUUGCAGAAAGCAUUGAUAUAGAUGCGCAAGAUCCUGUGGCCCUCAAGCACACACCAUAUGUAGUUCUUCUUAUCAAGACGGCAGAGCAGUGGGUGAAAAGCCAUGGUGGUAGUCUUCCAUCAACCAGGGAAGAGAAGAAAGAAUUCAAGGACCUUCUUAAAGCCAGGAUGGUUGCAUUGGAUGGAGAUAACUACAAAGAAGCUAUUGAGGCCUCCUUUAAGGUCUUUGCUCCUCGGGGAAUUAGCCCAGAUUUGCAACAGAUACUUAAUGACAGCUGUGCUGAAGUUGGUUCUAAUUCAUCAGAUUUUUGGGUGAUGGUGGCUGCUUUGAAGGACUUUAUAUCAAAUGAAGGUGGUGGUGAGGCACCCCUUGAGGGAUCAAUACCUGAUAUGACAUCUACAACUGAGCUUUAUGUUAAUCUGCAGAACAUUUACCAAGCAAAGGCUGAGGCCGAUUUUCUUGUUAUUGAGCAACGAGUGAGGAAUAUUCUGAAAAAAAUUGGUAAAGAUCCACUUAGCAUCUCGAAGACAACCAUAAAAAGCUUCUGUAGAAAUGCAAGAAAACUCAAAGUUUGCAGGUAUCGCUCCAUUGAGAAUGAGAUUAAUUCUCCGAUCUUACCAGAGUUACAGAAGUAUCUUACAGAUGAAGAUUACAGUACAGCUGUGGGGUUCUAUAUUUUGCUUCGAGCUGUUGAUCGGUUUGCUGCAAAUUACAACAGUUUUCCUGGGCAAUUUGAUGGUGGGAUGGAUGAAGACAUUUCUCGAUUGAAGACUACAGCUGUUGGCCUCCUCAGUGACUUGGGUUGCAAUGGCUCAACCUUGACAGAGGACCUUAUCAAUGAGAUCUGCCGAUUUGGUGCUUCAGAGCUCCAUGCAGUUUCUGCCUUCAUUGGAGGAAUUGCAUCACAAGAAGUGAUCAAGCUCAUAACAAGGCAAUUUGUACCCAUGCCUGGGACUUUCAUCUUCAAUGGCAUUGAUCACAAGUCACAAAUAUUGUCACUGUAAAUCUGCUUUGAAAUGACUGAUCCCUCCAGUAGAUGGAGCAGCAACUUGUGUGAGGACAGCUCUGCUAAACAUGUUAUAUAUGUAGCAUUCUCAUAGUUUGGUGUAAGUUCCUUGAGAGAUAAGUUUUGUAACUUAAAUCCACAUGCCAGUUGGGGAGAGAGAGAAGGAAUAUUAGUUUAAAAUGAACUUCACCUAUUUUGGUCCGUGAAAGUCAUUGCCCCUUCAAAAAGAAAAGCUUCGCAAAAUGUACCUGUAUGCUACUGAAUUAUAACUGUCCCUUCAGGGAUUUUUUUUUUUUAAAUUUUUUCGUCAAAUGGUAAAUGAUUCUUGAGCACUUUCUUUUU